AUGCAGAUCCCACUACUUCGGCUACAGUGCGGCGUGAACAGUUACGACUGGGGCAAGGUUGGCCAUGAGUCGGCAGCAGCACGGUAUGCCGCAACAACUGCCCCCUCGGAUUUUUCCAUCGAGUCCGAGAAGCCUUACGCAGAGCUAUGGAUGGGCACUCAUCCCUCCCUGCCAUCCAAGGACCUCGAGACUCAGCGCUCCCUCCUCGACCUUGUUCAAGACAACCAGGCGUUGAUGUCGAUUGAGAUCACCGAACGUUAUGGUGGAAAGCUGCCCUUCCUCUUCAAAGUUCUCUCCAUCCGCAAGGCUUUGAGCAUCCAGGCCCACCCGAAUAAAAAAUUGGCCGAGCAGCUCCACGAGAGAGAUUCCAGCAAUUAUCCAGAUGACAACCACAAGCCCGAGAUGACCAUCGCCAUCACACCAUUUGAAGGCCUCUGCGGUUUCCGUCCACUAGCCGAGAUUGCCCACUUCCUCAAGGCUAUUGAGCCUCUUCGGAAUCUAAUUGGCUCACAGGCUGUCAGUGACUUUGAGGAGACCAUUAGGGGGAAUGAAGAAUCGAGCGAUGAAGCGACCGUACAAAAGAACAAGGAUGCCCUUCGCUCUUUGUUUACGAAGUUGAUGGAGUCCAAGUCAGAAAAUAUUGAGAGCGCCAGCAAGGAGCUCGUUGCUUUGGCGGAGAACACCCCCACUCGCUUUGGGGUUCUCUCGGAUGAUGUGGCUACCAACCCUUCCAACCCGGAGGAACUCGCCGGCAUCAUUCGUCGACUGGACAGCCAAUUCCCGAGUGACAUUGGCUUGUUUGUCUUCUUCUUCCUCAACUUUAUCAAAUUGUCCCCCGGCGAGGCCAUGUUCCUCAAGGCGGAUGAUAUUCAUGCUUACGUUUCUGGCGAUAUCAUCGAGUGCAUGGCUUCUUCUGACAAUGUGGUCCGGGCCGGGUUCACCCCAAAAUUCAAGGAUAUCGAUACCCUGACUCAGAUGCUGACCUACUCGUACGCCCCCAUCGAGGAGCAGAAGCUGGUGCCCACGGACUAUCCUUACGCCACUCUCAAUGCCGCUGCCUACUCCAGUGCCUCCUCCUGUCUUCUUUACGACCCUCCCAUUGAGGAGUUCAGUGUGUUGAAGACGGAUCUUAAGCGGACGGGAGCCAAGGUGACUUUCGAUCCGAUCGAGGGCCCGAGUAUCUUGAUCUGUACCGGGGGUCAGGGUCGCAUCACCGUUGGCAGCAAGACCGAGGAAGUCCAAGAGGGCUUUGUCUUCUUCAUUGGUGCCACCGCCGAGUGUGUGAUUGAGAAGACCGGCCGCGGUGACGGCGAUGAGAAUGUAUUUACGACCUAUAAGGCGUUCUGUGAGCUCACUGGUAAGGAGGCCAUGGCGAACGGACAUUGA